GCGGCGGCGGCGGCGCGAUGGCGGCGGCUUCGGCGGCUCCCGGGCCCGGCCCGCUGCGCGUGGGGUUUGUGGGCGCGGGCCGCAUGGCCGAGGCCAUCGCGCAAGGCCUCAUCCGAGCAGGAAAAGUGGAAGCACAGCUCGUGAUGGCCAGUGCACCAUCGGACAGGAACCUCUGUCGCUUCCGGACCCUGGGCUGCCAGACCACCCAUUCUAAUCACGAGGUGCUGCAGACCUGCCAGCUGGUCUUCUUUGCUACCAAGCCCUACGUCCUGCCUUCCGUCCUGGCAGAGGUGGCCUCCUCGGUGACCUCUGAGCACAUCUUGGUGUCCGUAGCUGCGGGGAUCUCGUUGAGUACUUUGGAGGAGCUGCUGCCCCCCAGGGCCCGGGUCCUGCGGGUGUCACCCAACCUGCCCUGCGUAGUCCAGGAGGGGACCAUGGUUAUGGCACGGGGCCGCCACGCUGAGAAGAGUGAUGCCCAGCUCCUGCAGACCCUGCUGGAGGCCUGUGGGCAGUGUGAGGAGGUGCCUGAGGACCACGUGGAUAUCCACACUGGCCUCAGUGGCAGCGGUGUGGCCUUUGUGUGCGCCUUCUCUGAAGCCCUGGCUGAAGGUGCCGUCAAGAUGGGCAUGCCCAGUGGCCUGGCACAUCGCAUCGCUGCCCAGACGCUUCUGGGGACAGCCAGGAUGCUGCUGCAGAGUGGUCAGCACCCAGCCCAGCUGCGGACAGAUGUGUGCACACCUGGCGGCACCACCAUCUAUGGCCUGCAUGCUCUAGAGCGGGGUGGCCUACGGGCGGCCACCAUGGACGCAGUGGAGGCCGCCACAUGCCGAGCCAAGGAGCUUAGCAGGAAGUAGGCGUGAGGCAAGGCCUAGCCCCAUGUCCAGACAGCCCUAUUCAUACCCGCCCCUCCCCCCCGCCAGCUUUCUGAGGACAGGCGGGGAUGUGUCAAAGAUCCUUCUCUGGGUCCAGGAGAGACCCUGGCAGGCAGGAUGUAGCCCUGCAGAGGCCAGAAGGAGCCACAGGCAAGGAACACUGUCUUGGCGCUAGAGGCAGUACCGCUGGACCUCACCUGUGUGCCUGCCCCAGGGCCAGCCCCUCUGACCCCGG